AUGGUGUUUCUAUCUCGCGCUGUCGUGCUUUUCACGGCGGCAAUUGCGGCUUCUGGUGCAUUGGCGCAGUCUGAUACGACUCAGACUCAACAAACGGACUCGGUCUCGCAGUUGGAAGCAUUCGAGAACUGUAUGGACAACUCUGCCCCCACCAAUGGGAACAACACCGUGACGGUCAACUCCAAUUUCUUCGUACAAGAGUCUCCACUCUACGUGGACUACGCUACUGGUCCUAAGGCUCGUAUCGAUCGCAAACCUCUCGGAGUUUAUUUCGCAACCUCCGAAGAUGAUGUCGUCCGUGCCGUCACCUGUUCAGUGAGCAAUGGUCUAGCUCCCGUUCCUCGUAGUGGUGGUCAUUCGUACGAGGUGUUGUCGUCCAUGGACGGAUCGCUGGUUAUCGACAUGGCCGACAUGGUGGACGUGAAUCUCGUGUCUGAAAACCAGGACGAAGGAUCGGCUCUGGCUACCGUGCAGGCUGGUGCUCGUCUGGCUUGGAUCUACACGGAACUCGACCGUCUGGGGGGCUACAACUUCAACGCCGGCACCUGUCCGAGCGUCGGUAUCGGUGGCCACAUUUCCGGCGGUGGCUACGGCAUGGUGAGCCGUCACUAUGGUUUGGCCGCUGAUCAAACCACCGAAAUGCGCGUUGUGCUGUACAACGGCAGCGUAGUGACUGCGUCGCCCACGGAGAACACAGACCUGUUCUGGGCUCUGCGCGGCGGCGGUGCCGGUUCUUUCGGCAUUGUCACGCUCUUCACUAUCAAGGCCUACAAGAUGCCGGAGGUCUCGGUCUUCAACGUGCAAUUCAACGCCUCGGUGCGUGCUCAAGUGCUGCGUUCGUGGAUGGAUUACUUCCCGACCGCCGACUCAAAGAUCACCACGCAACUUGUGGUUGAUGGCGGAGGUGCACGCAUGGUUGGCCAGUACCUCGGCCCCAAGAUGGAGUUGGACGCGUUGCUCAACGCCUCGGGUUUGUUCGACCACGGCGGUUUGAAGUCGCAGGAACGCCGUGACAAUUGCUCGCAGCUUGCGACCAAAGCGUACGUCUGGAAGAGCACGUGCGACGACCUGAGUUCGCUCAAUGUCUCGCACCACCUGACGUCGGCUGAUAAGGACUACAGCAAGAUCAAGGGCGGCUAUUCCAAUUUCGUGCUGGACGAUGAGGGCGUACAGACCGUGCUGGAGUGGGCCGACAGCCUACCCAACACUACGUGGGCCUACAUUCAGUUCGAGGCGUACGGUGGUGUCUUCGCUACGCAGAAGAAUGACAUGACGCCGUGGGCACACCGCGAUGCCGUCUGGUCCGUUCAGAUUGGUGUUGGUGCUAACAAGGGCGAGUCCGAGGACUCUCCGUCCUACCAGUGGAUCCGUGGUAUUGCCAGCGCAUUGGAAAAGUACUUUGACGGUGGAAACUACCAGAACUACUGCGAUCUGGACCUGGGCGAAGAUUUUGGCAAGCGAUACUGGGGAGCUGACAACUUCGCUCGCUUGCGCCAGAUCAAGGCGCAGUACGACCCACUGAACGUCUUUCACAGUGCUCAGUCCAUCCCUCUACCUGCGAGCAACUAG